UUACCUGGCUGAGCAGUGCUGGAAUGGCGGCUUUGUCUACCUGAUCAUGUUGCGCCGCAUCAAGCGCAAAGCCCCUCUUCCUCCUUCCAACGGCAACAACAGCAACAGCUGUGACCCCAAAGCCAAGCCCAGCCACGAACCCAGCGACAGAGCUGUUCAAAAUGGGAAAAGGACCAGGAAGUUUGGGGUCAUCACCAGAACGCCAGGCAGCAAGGACAGCAAAGAAAAGCUGGGCUCAGAGCACGGGAACGGGCACUGUACCCCAAUGGAGGUGGAGGUUGCUCAGCUAGAGACUUCCGAAGCAGAAAGCAAUGGGGAAGAGCAACUUCAGUGCACCGGAGGACAGUACCGGCUGUCAGAUGGUGGUGUGCCAGACAUUGGUGACCAGUCUGCCCAGCGAGAAGGUUGCCGCAUAUGGAAGAUGCACAUCCUGAAGGGGACGGACGGGCUGGGAAUCCAGAUAACAGGAGGCAGAGGUUCGAAGCGGUCCCCUCACAGCAUCAUCAUCACCCAUGUGGAGGAAGGUGGCUCCGCGCACAGGGAUGGCAGGCUGACAGCGGGCGACGAGCUCCUCAUGAUCAACGGGCAGUCGCUGGUUGGGCUCUCCCACCAGGACGCUGUGGCUCUCCUUCGCUCGGCUGCUGGCCUGGUGCAACUGGUGGUUGCUAGCAAGGAAUCUGCUGAAGGGGAUUUUCUGAAGUAUCCAUCUACCAGUUUGCCAGACUUGCUUAGCACUUGCUCAGUCCAAGACUCUGUCUCUUGCACUGACAAUAAGGAAAACGAAGAGCCAGAAGAAGAAGAUGUGAAAGGAGUGAAUGUGUCUCCUGAAAAACUGGUCGCUGUGAUGGAAACAGAGAAGUCUCAAGAUCCAGCUUGUGCAGAAGUGUCCAAAGGAAACAACCAGAGUCCAACUCUGGGAAGUGGCAUACUGAAAUACAGAAGUCGAUCCCAAGGUGCCGGAUCCCGCUUGGAGUCCGUGGGAGAAGAUGAUGAGCUGACAGUGGAAAAUGGUGAAUCGAAUUAUGAAAUAGCGGUGAAAUACUCCCGGGGUGGAAGAAAGCACUCUCUGCCCCAGCAGCUGGAGUCAGCAGGAGCUAGGCAGGAAUACCAUAUUGUGAAGAAAUCCACCCGUUCCUUCAGUGCUGCCCAAGUGGAAUCUCCAUGGAGACUGACCCAGCCAUCCAUCAUUUCCAACAUCGUCCUGAUGAAAGGGCAAGGCAAGGGUCUUGGAUUCAGCAUUGUGGGAGGUCAGGAUUCUGCUCGUGGACGCAUGGGGAUUUUUGUGAAGACUAUAUUCCCAAAUGGAGCAGCUGCUGCUGAUGGAAGGCUUAAAGAAGGAGAUGAAAUCCUAGAAGUUAAUGGAGAGUCUCUACAAGGGCUGACCCAUCAGGAGGCCAUUCAGAGGUUUAAGCAACUCAAGAAAGGUGUGGUGACCCUGACGGUGCGCACGCGGCUGCGCAGCCCAAGCCUCACACCCUGCGCAACUCCCACCUUGCUGAGCCGCUCCAGCUCCCCCAGCUCCAGCGCCAGUGGUGGCACACCAGUCCCCGGCCCUGACGAGACAGAUGGUUCCUCCUCCAGCCGCAAAGGACCCGGCCCAAAGGACAGAAUUGUCAUGGAUGUGACGCUCAAUAAAGAGCCAGGGGUUGGGCUCGGCAUUGGUGCCUGCUGCCUCACGCUGGAAAACAGUUCUCCAGGGAUAUACAUUCACAGCUUGGCCCCAGGAUCAGUGGCUAAAAUGGAUGGCAGGUUAAGUCGGGGUGACCAGAUCCUGGAGGCAGAUUCGGUGAGUCUACGUCACGCAGCAUUAAGUGAAGCCUAUGCCAUCCUGAGCGAAUGUGGUCCAGGUCCAGUCAGCCUUAUCAUUAGUCGGCAUCCUAACCCAAAGGUUUCUGAGCAGGAGAUGGAUGAAGCAAUCGCACGUACUACCCACCGAGAGAGCAAGGAUGCCAGCUCCUCUCACGUCACAGGAGCUGUACAAAAAAGCCCAUCUCCCAGUAUGAAGGCCAAACAAGGAGAGACCUCAUCUCCCCUCAGCUGGACUAUGAAACGCUUCCUGGAGCCAGCAAGCCGGGGAUCUGUCAGCUCCGAGGCAGAGCUUUCCCAGUACUUCUCGCACGAUGGUACGAGCCAGCUCCCGUUUUCUGAUGCUGUAACUGGCUCCUGUGACGAAGAGCAGCUCCGUCAAAAGAACAGAAACAGUUUGUUGGAUGAUGGCUCUCUUCUUCCUGGCAACCUGACUGCUAGAGAAGCAGGAGUGGCAAAAGCAAAUGGUCCGGCUUCUCCAGCUAGUGGGAGAUCGUCCAGCCUUCACAACAAGCCUGUGGAGUCUGUCCGACCUGGCAUCCUCAGCGACAGCCCCAAAUCUGCCCGCAGCCCGUUUCAUCGACAGAGGAGGGUUGUUUUCUAUGACGGUGACGUUAGUGAUGACGAUGAAAGUUCCCACUUGCAAAGAAGCCAGAGGGCCAAGAGCCAGGAGGAUGCUGGCAUUGUCAUUACAACUUCGUCUGUAGAAAUCGAUGAUGACAGCCAGAACAGUGAGUCACCUAGAUACAGUGGCACAGAGAUGUCUUCCCCUGUCUUCAGCACCUCCAUGGAGUCUGCAGACAGCACACUGGAGCAAAUUGACUCUCCUUUCUUCCCCAUCAUAGCAUUCGAUUACUCAAGUGUGCCAGAAGUUCGUCUUGGCAGCCUGAGUCUGAAGGAGCUCCGGGAAGCACAACUCGAAUCUAAGAGAUCUCCAAAACUUGAGCACAGAGCUGUCACAAGAGUGAAAAGCAUGAUGAGCACUGAGUGCCGAAGCCUUCAGAGACAGAGGACGGAGGAGCAUGGCUCUUACAACAAGCCUGUUGCGAGAACACUCCCUCACAGCAAGAAGUGUGAAGCACCCAAUGACGCUGGGCAGAGCCAGGGUGAAAUAGUCACUCUUGUUCGCAAUGAGCAUGAGUCAUUUGGCCUGGAUUUGGAAAUCCAGGCCAUGCCAUUAAAGGUUGUUGUCACAGGGCUGCGGCCAGGCGGAGCAGCAGAAAUGGGAUCAAUGGGCAAGAUGGCUGUUGGAGAUGAGAUUACCACCAUCAACAGUAUCCCAGUCAGUAAGAUGACGUAUGAGGAAAUCUGCUUGCUCAUGCAGUGUCUUCCUACAUCCGUAACUCUGGAGAUCCAGAAAGCAGCAUCAG